AUGGCUCAGACAUUGACCCCCGAAGUUCUCUGGGCCCAGCGCUCCUCCGUGGCCGAUCCCACCAAGAACUUUGUCUACCUCACCAUCUCCGUUCCCGAUGUCGCCAAGGAGGACCUGAAGCUCGACGUUCAGCCCACCAAGGUGACCUUCACCGGAAAAUCAGCCACCCUCAAGAACACCUACCACGUUGAGCUGGAACUGUUUGCCGAGAUCGACCCCGCCGAGAGCAAGAUUAACCACACUGCCAAGAACGUCGAGAUGAAGCUGCAGAAGAAGGAGCUCAAGGAAGAGUACUGGCCGCGGUUGCUCAAGGAGAACAAGAAGCUGCACUUCCUCAAGACCGACUUCGACAAGUGGGUUGACGAGGAUGAGCAGAACGAGGCUGCCGAUGACGACAUGUCCAAGUUUGGUGAUAUGGGUGGCAUGCCCGGAAUGGGCGGCGACUUCGGCGGCAUCGAUUUCUCAAAGCUGGGAGGCGGCGCCGGCGGCAUGCCCGACAUGAGCGCCAUGGGCCUGGAAGGCAUGCCCGACCUCAGCAGCUCUGGCGUCCCAGACUCUGACUCCGACGACGAGGACGAGGACAUCCCCGAUCUUGAGGGCGAGGAGAAGAAGGAGGGCGAGGCUGCACCAAAGGCGUAA